UCCAACAGCAGUCUUCACAUCCAUUUUAGUGGCACGAAAAGUCGUCGGCCGUACAAGAGGAGCGGCAUCGACCUGAGUGACAAGGCAGUUUGGCAGUCCUGAACUACAUGGCGAGGCUUGACUGCUUACCAGAAACAGGUGCACCACUGAAGAGGCACGCCCUCCACUCCAGCUGGCACUGAAAACAAAAACAAAGACGGAGCAGAAGAUGACAGAUGUAUAAAAUUUUUUCAGCAUUGCACCAUAUCGGCUGUCUCUGAAAACCGAAUCUGCACCAUUCGAGCAAUCAGGGGAAUGCAGACUCCAGCGUCCAUGGUGAUGGGGAUCGUCUUCGCCCCCUUGGGUCUGGUGCUGCUUUUCACCGCUGCCAUCACCCCUCAGUGGAGAGAGGGCCACACGCGUCUGGACUUGGCCAGGCCUGGCUCCAUUCUCCUCCGGACGGUGGUGAAAAGCCACAAUCCCGGACUCCGCCCGGGGAUGUCGGACGGCCUUCUGCUGGUUCGCUCCGAUGGGCUUUGGGAGAGUUGUCUGCAGUUGGAGCACUCCGAGUUGAAGCAGUGCUGGCCGGUGAUGGGUCCUUAUCAGCGAGACCGCCGGGUUCGCCUGGCGCAGGGCUUGGUUCUGACCUCGUUGUUCCUGUGCGGCACGGGUAUCCUCCUCGCCUGCAUCGGGGUCCGCUGUUGGACGGAUCUCCCGCUACGAGGAGUGGCUGCCACGGGGGGGCUCCUGGUGGUGGUGGCCGGGCUACUCAGCAUGACCGCGCUGGUGAUCUACACUCACAACCUGCGCAGGCUGGGGACGGAUGACACCAAGCAGGACGUGAACAACACCAGGUUCCCUCAGCUCAGCUUGGGUCCGGCCGGCUCCCUCUACUUCGGGUGGUUGGGUUCGUGCCUACAGAUAUUGGGAGGGGGUGCCCUCGCGUUAAGUUUCAAGAGACCGCGAUGCAGAACCUGCCCGGAGUUGGCAGCCUGCCCCGCUUGUCGACCGUGCUCAGAGUUUCCCAACAAGCCCGACUCUGACAUUUAUGAAGUCAGCUGUUAGAAUGUGACUGUAACUUCCAAAACGGUAUUGAAUGCAGAGACACUUUUCCAUCGCCUCGCCGAACUAUUUCCAAGUGUGACAUUGAUGCCUUUCUUCAGUUGCUCACUGCGGAUAUGACUGUGUUUUUGUGCCGUCUUUGUCAUCCAUGCUUUGAACUGUUAAACGCCAAAAAAAAAAAAAAAAAUCACACCGCAUCUGAACAUAACUACAGGGGGCCUCGGUUUAUGACGUCGUUCCGUUCCUGCAACAGCAGAGUAACCUGAAUGCAUACUGUAAGUCGUAACGUGCUGUUGUCUUUCACCAACCUCCACUAAUACAGCAGUGAAGUCAUGAUUACAGUGCAGGCUGACAUGAAAAACACUUCAAAAUUACAAAUAUAAAAGAAUCAAAUGAAAAACUGGAAGUACGGAUCCUCUUGCGAAUAGUGAAGAUCCGAUUAAUUGACGCCCCACCAAAAGGUUAAAAGUGUCUACAGAUGCGCCACAUCGAUACUUUUCAUAUUCGACAGGGCUUUGGCAUUGGCAGAAAACCAAUCCCAUUUUAUUUGAUUUCUUCCCCAAAUAUAUUCAUAAUGGGUGCAUCAAUUGCAGAUGGAACUUCAAUUAUUCGAGGGCCACCACGAAUAGCCGGGGUCCAGUCUACCCCACUUCAAUAACAGUCUAGUCGUGCCUUGAGAUACAUGUUUACUCCAAACUUGUAUCACCAUUUCACUCCAGUUGAUAAAAACAGACGAAAAACACUAUGAAAGAGAAUGUAAAGCAUUAAAAACUUUGUAAAUAUUGACAUAAUGCUGCAAUUCUGACUAUAGGCUGCUUCUUCUGGUGUGCCCACCUUGGGCACUCGGAGGUAGUGAUGUAUAUAAUAGUCAUGUAGACAAAGGAAGAACAAUAUGUUGCUCUGAUAUUAUUCAUUUUUUGGAAGAGUAUCGUUAUCUUGUCUGUCUACAUGUGCUGUUACACCAUUUGUGUAAAAAUAUCUGUUGUUUAAAAUGUUGUAAAGCUGCCUAUUGAUGCUAGCUCUUAGCAUGGCGAUGACAUUUUUGAUAAAUGUUAGCAUUAAGGUAGUGGGGGGGGUUGUUGUUAAGGCAACUGCAUUGAGAUCUCAUGUGCCAUAACUAUUCACUUUUUAGUUGCGCUGGUAUGCUUUCAUCACAAACAGACUCAGUCCAAAAAAAAACAAAAAAAACCACAAAACGAUUCAGUGUAAAUCCAAUUUUACAUUAAAUGGAAUAGUGCGCUUAUUGUUUGUUUGCAGCAAAAAAGUACAAACUAGAAAAACAGUUGUAUUCAACUUUAUUAAUUUCUUGUGCUUAAACAUGUUUUUGGGUUUUUUUUUUUAAGUGUGUGGAAGUGUCUUGGCACAUCAGAUGUACCGUAUAUACACAUUCUGUGUAUUUAAAAAAA